AUGGACCUCGGACGUCUAACGGAACACAUAAUAUGUGGCUCUAUUAGUUUCAAGACAGUCUACAAGAGUAAAACAGGUGGACUGAGAUUUGCAGACCUGCUCGACAAAGUAUCGGCUGUAGACCCUGAAGUGAGGAUCAGAUUUACUGCUGCUCAUCCGAAAGACUUUCCUGAUGAGGUGUUGCAAGUGAUAAGAGAACGACCCAACAUCUGUAAAUUACUUCAUCUACCCGCACAAUCAGGGUCCAGUUCUGUGUUGGAGCGCAUGCGUCGUGGUUAUUCGCGUGAAGCUUACCUCUCUCUGGUGGAAAAUGUUCGCGCUAGCGUACCUGGUGUCGGUCUGUCCACCGACAUGAUCUGUGGUUUCUGUGGUGAGACGGAUGAAGAGUUUGAGGAGACACUUACCUUGAUGGAACAAGUCGAUUACAACGUUGCAUUUCUCUUUCCCUACAGCAUGAGGGAGAAAACCGCUGCGUAUCGUCGCUAUAAGGACGACGUGCCAGAUAAUAUCAAAAAGGCCCGACACGACAAAAUGGUGCAACUGUACAGGCGAAAAUGUGAACGAUUAAACAAUUUAGAAGUUGGUAACACCCACCUCGUGCUAGUGGAAGGGGUAGCACCAAAAUCUGGAAAACUUAUUGGUAGAAACGAGUUUUACUUGAAAGUACUCUUCGAUCCAGAAGUCAUCUCGGGGCCUGGUAAAAGGAACAUAGAAGUGGGGGACUAUGUCGCUGUAAGGAUACUGGAGGCGAAGGCUUCUGUGCUCACUGGGGAGGCCUUGUUCCACACCAGCAUUAGGGAGUUCUAUAAAGACGGAAGUUGGGCUGAUAGACAUUCUGACAAAAAAUAUGACAACUCUAUGCGACAAUACUAA